AGUUAUGCUUCUCAACCUAGUUUAUAUUUUUUAUCAUUGUUGUCGGUAACAUUCAAUUGUACUAUUUGAGGAAGAAUAAGAUCUGUAAUAUGCCGGUUUAAGAACCAAAAGUUAUAUGGAUUAGGAAGGAGUGCUACCAAGCCUUACUUAAUACACCAUCUGUAUCUUAGUUCAAUAUAUCAGCAACUUUCCACUAAACUGAUACUUCCUGCAUAGCACUGACAAUGUAGAUUAAAGCCAUAUAUGAUUGGUAGAUGUAUGAUAAGCAAACGUUAUACAAAAUCUAGGUGAGUUGGAUCUUAGGAGCUCACCAAGGUCAAGACAUGUAUUAAGGCUCAAAGAGUGUAGAUAGAGGUCACAUCACCUACUAAUAAAGAAGCGGGAGUUGAACCACGUCCUUACGGGAUGAGUUAGUUUCUCACCAAUGAAACCAUUUUUCAUUGAUUAUGGAAUGGCAGAUCCUGCUAGUAAUGGAGGUCUUGAGCGAGAUAUUGAACAAGCACUCGUUGUUUUAAAGAAAGGAUCUCAGUUAAUAAAGUACUGUCGAAAAGCCAAGCCAAAAGUUCGCCCUUUCAGACUCUCCUUGGAUGAAACAACACUAAUUUGGAUUUCUCAUAAAAAGGAAAGGACCCUAAAAUUAUCUUCGGUUUCACGGAUUAUUCCUGGACAAAGAACUGUUGUCUUUAGAAGAUAUUUGCAGCCUGAAAAGGAUUAUCUUUCAUUUUCGCUUGUUUAUAAUAACGGAGAGCGGACACUUGAUCUGAUAUGCAAGGACAAAGCUGAAGCCGAGGUAUGGUUUGCAGGGCUUAAGGCAUUAAUAUCCACUGGAAGGCAUAGUAGGCUUACUCGAAGUGAAUCAUCAUAUGAGGGUGUUGAUAUUAUUCCCAAUGGUCGCCCUUUCGGUGCAGUAUUAGAGAUUUCCACAAGCAUUGCUCGUGGUAGGGUCUCUACCGAUUCAUUGCCUUGUGAGUCUUCAUUGUAUUUCGCAAACCCAGAUGUGGGGUUAGAUCGUACAAAUAUGCAAGGAAGGACUAGUGUUGGAGAUGGUUUUCGGAUCAGUGUGUCAAGUACACCUAGCGUUUCAAGUUUAGGAUCAGGACCUGAUGACAUUGAGUCAUUAGGAGAUGUUUAUAUAUGGGGAGAAGUUUGGGCUGAUGCAGUUGCACCCGAUGGAAAUGGCACUCAGUUCCCUUCCACCACAGAUGUAUUGGUUCCUAAGCCCUUAGAGUCAAGUGUUGUUCUAGAUGUUCACCAGAUUGCGUCUGGCGUACGUCAUAUGGCUUUAGUUACUAGGCAAGGAGAAGUUUUCACAUGGGGCGAGGAAUCUGGUGGAAGACUAGGUCAUGGAAUCGAUAAAGAUUUCGGCCGACCUCAACUUGUUGAGUUUCUAGCAGUUACUAAUGUGGAGAGUGUUGCGUGCGGAGAGAAUCAUACUUGUGCUGUAUCUAUAUCAGAUGAACUAUUCUCAUGGGGUGACGGUAAAUAUAACGUUGGACUUCUCGGACAUGGCACCGAUGUUAGCCAUUGGGUACCAAAGAGGAUUAAUGGUCCUCUGGAAGGACUUCAAGUUAUAUCGAUAGCAUGUGGUACAUGGCAUUCAGCAUUGGCAACUUCUAAUGGAAAACUUUUCACCUUUGGUGAUGGAACAUUUGGUGUAUUAGGUCAUGGAAAUAGAGAAAGUGUGGCAUAUCCAAAAGAGGUACAAUUAUUAAGUGGAUUGAAGACUAUUACGGUUGCAUGCGGAGUAUGGCAUACUGCAGCAAUUGUAGAGGUUACUUUUCAAUCAGGUUCAAAUGUUUCGUCACGAAAGCUCUUCACUUGGGGAGACGGAGACAAAUAUCGAUUAGGACAUGGAAACAAGGAAACAUACCUUCAACCUACUUGUGUAUCAACACUCAUUGAAUAUAAUUUCCACCAGAUUGCAUGUGGACACACUAUGACUAUCGCUCUCACUACUUCUGGACAUCUAUUUACUAUGGGAGGCACUGAAUUUGGUCAACUAGGAAAUUCUUUAUCUGAUGGAAAAAUACCUAUACUAGUACAAGACGCAUUGGUGGGCGAAUUUGUCGAGGAAAUAUCAUGUGGAGCUCAUCAUGUUGCUGCUUUGACAUCUAGAAGUGAAUUAUAUACUUGGGGUAAAGGCGCAAAUGGAAGAUUAGGGCAUGGAGAUAUAGAUGAUAGAAAAUCACCAACAUUGGUGGAAGCCUUGAAAGAAAGGCAUGUCAAAAACAUUUCUUGUGGCUCAAGUUUCACUUCUUGCAUAUGCAUUCAUAAAUGGGUAUCUGGUGUCGAUCAAUCCACUUGCACCGGUUGCAGACAACCAUUCGGUUUUACUAGAAAAAGGCAUAAUUGUUAUAAUUGCGGAUUAGUGCAUUGUCAUGGUUGUAGUUCAAGAAAAGUUAUGAAAGCAGCAUUGGCUCCGACACCAGGAAAGCCUCAUCGCGUAUGUGAUUCUUGCUACACUAAGCUUAAAGCGGUUGAGGCAAAUGCGGCUUCGAAUCUUAACAGAAAAGUUACUAUUACACAACCUCGCAGUUCUAUUGAUGGAAGGGAUAGAUAUGGCCAAGGAGAAACAGUAAGGUCUACAAAAAUUCUUUUUCCUCCUUUCUCAGAACCACUAAAAUAUCUUGAAAUGAGGACUAAUAAGCUUGGGAAUUCUUCCAUGCUACCAACUUCUCAAAUUCCAUCAAUUGCACAAAUGAAAGACAUGUCAUUUCCAAGUUCAACUAGCUCGAUUCAAAAUGGUUUGAAGUAUCCUCUAGCUCCAAAUCCGCCUUCAACUCCACCUCUCAAUGCGAGAUCAGUAUCCCCAUAUGCAAGAAGACCAAGCCCGCCACGUUCUAGCAGUCCAGGAUUUUCAAGAAGUAUUAUUGAUAGUAUGAAGAAGACAAAUGAGCUUUUGAACCAACAAGUCUCAAAAUUGCAGAACCAAAAUCGAAGUUUGAAGCAGAAAAGUACCAUGGAAAUUCAGAAACUACAUAAAAACAUUAAGGAUGCCACCUCAUUGGCAGCAGAAGAAUCUUCUAAACAUAAAGCUACCAAAGAAUAUUUUGGUUCCAUGAUAGCUCAGUUGAAGGAAAUGGCUGAGCAAUUGCCACCAGAAGUUUUAGAGGGUGAAAAAUUUAGAAACAUGGUUAUUCAUGCUGAGAAUUUUCUAGAGGAAAAUCCAAAAUAUGAAACAUGUUCGGUAGCAUCAAACUUAGAAUCUGAGCAACAAAGCGAACCUGUUUCAAACAAUGGUAAACUUAAAGGAAAAAUAAUAGAAGAAAAUAAUAAUGAAGCUGCAGAAGUUAAUCCAUCUCAAGAUGUAGGAAAUGUCUUUCAAGAAAACAAUGGAUCAUCUUCAUCUAAUACUGAAGCAAGAGUGGCAUCACAAAGCUCUGAAAAUGAUUCAAGAACAUUAAACCCUUCAAGAUCAGUGAGAGAAGGAAACACACAAGUCGUCGACCAAUUUGAACCAGGCGUUUAUGUUACACUAAUAGUAAGGCCUGAUGGUAAAAGACUAUUCAAAAGUGUUAAAUUCAGUAAACGAAAGUUUCGUGAACAUCAAGCAGAAGAAUGGUGGACCUUAAACAAAGAUAGGGUGCAUGCGAGAUAUAGUCCACAAGCGACAAAUCCUGAAAAUGUAGCGUCAUCUAGCAGAACGCCACCACCUGCAAAUCAAGAAGAUGUUGCAUCAUCUAGCAGUAACCCACCACCUGCAAAUCAAGAAGAUGUAGCAUCAUCUAGCAGUAACCCGCCGCCAGCUGAAGAAAACAAUGAGGCCACACCUCCCUAAACUUAAAUCCCAGUCUUCAUAGGCAUCAUGUAGUUAAUUUCAUGAAAUGAUAAGGUAUAGAAGCGUCGUUUAAUUUACAUAGUGUAGUGAAAAUUGUAUGAUCAAGUCAGAUCAAUUCCAUAGUUUUGCAGCAUUCUACAAUCUAUCCAGUGAGGAUAGAAAUAGUAGUACGAGCGACGUAAUACUAGAUAUAGGAAAAUUUGUGUACUUUUUUUUUUUAAUCAAAACGAUUUGUUGUUUAUAACAAUGUUGUUCAUACACACACAUCAUUGGUGACUGUAUAAUAAGCUGUUUAAAAAUACA